CAAACCAAACUUUGACACACUCGUAAAAACAUUCAAACAUCUUUGGUGCGCUGCCUUGAUCUUUUUGCUGCUCUGCUUUGAGUCUGCUGCAAGAUCCAUGAUUUGGCUCAAUGGAGACUCCGAUCCACUCCCUCCCUAGAAAUCAUCUGGGUUUAACCUAUGGUAAAUGGUAGUAAAUUUCCGAAUUUUGAAGUUUUUCAGUGGCUGAAUGCUGUGGUUCUUCAAUUUUACUGAAUUUUGUCGGCUGAAGACAAUUUGGGGAAGUGGGUUUUUGAUUGGAUAGUGAGGUUGAUUUGGAGGGUUUUAGGGUGUGGUUUAGAAUGGCGAGUUCUCCAUUUGAGGUGGAGGAUACAGACGAGGAUUUCUUUGACAGAUUGGUUAAUGAUGACAUUGACUUUACUGAAUCUGUGCAUAAACCGGUAGAGAAGAAAGAGUUUGUCGAUGACAAAGCUUUUUCGAAAUUGAGUAUUUCAGAAGCAGGUCCUGUGGGAGUAGUAGACACGGGCGGCAAUGCUAGUCUUGGGGUUAAUGGUGAAUUGGGUCAUGAAGAUGGGGCUGUGGUGGAACAGUUAGGUGUCAGUCAGGUCCCUGCAGUUGUUAAAGAAAGUGAGUCGAUGAAACCUGAUUCUAGAAAUGAGGCCAGUGCAUUGGAUAAUAUAGCCGAUAAUAGAAAGGGGGUUAGUCUAUUGGAUGAUAGAGUCGACAUUAGAAAUGCGGCUGGUGCAUGGGAUGAUAUGGCUGAUAAUAGAAAUGAGGCUAGUGCAUUGGAGGAUAAAGCGGGUAAUACAAAUGAGGCUGAGGCAUUGGAAGAUAAAGGGAAGGAAGGUUCAGUGAAUGGGACGGUGAAUACAAGUUUGGCAUCAGUGGGAUCAGGAGUGAAAGUAGCUCAAUGGAGUUCGUUUAACUUGGAUUUGAAUCCUUCUGGUGAAUUUGGAGAUGUUUCAGGGGACCCAUUUGUAAAUUUGGGUGAUCCAGACAAACUGUGGGCCGAGUCUAAUGUCACUGAUAGUGGUUUGGAGAACUCAGUUCCUGAUUUAGGUGUUUCUAGUUACGGGCAGCACCAAGAAGGUCAGCGCUAUGGGGUUGUUGAGGGACAAAAUUUAGAUGGGCAGGACUUGAAUACGAGCUUGGCAUCAGUGGGAUCAGGUGUGAAAGAAGUUCAAUGGACUUCAUUUAACUCAGGUUUCGAUCCUUCUGGUGACUUUGGAGAUUUCUCCGGAGACCCAUUUGCAAAUUUGGGUAAUACAGAUCAAUCCUGGGCCACGUCUAAUGUCACUGAUGGUGCCUUGGAGAGCUCAGUUGCUGGUGUUUCUAGUUAUGGGCAGCAACAAGGAGGUCAACACUAUGGGGCUGUUAAGGAACAAAGUACAGAUGGGCAGGAGUUAAAUAGUAGCCAGAAUUGGGAUAACCUUUAUCCGGGAUGGAGGUAUGAUCCAAAUACUAGGCAAUGGUAUCAGUUGGAGGGUUAUGAUGUGAAUGCAAAUACAAGUGCAGAUUUGAACAUUAAUGCAAAUGUUCAGGAAAGGGUAAAUGUGAAUUCUCAAACUGCAGACAAUGUUUUUUCAGACCAGAAAGCAGAUGUUUAUUAUUUACCGCAACAAGCGCAGUCUGUUUCUCAAAGUGCGGCUCUGGGAUCUGAAACUAGCGCUGUUUCUGGCUGGAACCAACAUUCUAACGGGAGCACAGUCUACCCUGCACAUAUGAUUUUUGAUCCACAAUACCCCGGGUGGUACUAUGACACAAUAACCCAAGAAUGGAAGCAGUUGGAGUCUUCAACUCCAGCUUUUGACCAGUCAACAAGUGUGGAGUAUAAUCAGCAGUAUCACAAUUUAAACGUGGAGAAUCAUGGUUCAGAUGUUGCAAACUCGGAUGGCUCUAUGAGCACCUACAAUCAGCAAAAUGCGAGCAUGUGGGAUAAUCAGAAAGUUUCUGCAAGUGACACUAUUAGUGUUACUGAGACACAGCAGUACGCGACCCAGUAUUUCUCAACUGGGCAUGUAACCAAUUCUGUGAAUCAACAAAUAGCGUUCAAUCCUUCUGGAUCCGUUGCUCUUAAUCAACCGGCAAGUCAUGGCUAUGAUUUAAGUAGUGGGGUUCAAGGGUUUGAAAGCUUUAAUCCUGCUGGAAACUUAUCUCAUCAUCAUCAUCAAGCUAAGGAGCCAAACCAAGUGACACGCUUCUCACCUGCUAACUUUGAUAGUCACAAGCCAGUACAAUUUUUACAGCAACCAAUUGAAAGGGGAGCUCAGUUUUCUCAUGAAGCAAGUGCAGGGAGGUCAUCUGCAGGACAUCCUCCACAUGCUUUAGUUACAUUUGGAUUUGGUGGGAAACUUAUAACCAUGAAAGAUAAUAGCAAUAUAUAUGGAAGCCAGGACUCUGUAGGAGGUUUGAUUAAUGUUCUCAAUCUGAUGGAAGUUGUUGUCGUGGACAAAACUGAUGUUGCAAGCUUUGGAAAUGAUGGUUGUGCUUAUUUCCAUGCAUUGUGCCAACAGUCAUACCCUGGCCCUUUGGUUGGGGGGAGUGUUGGAAGUAGGGAAGUAAACAAAUGGAUAGACGACAAUAUUGCAAACUGUGUAACUGCUUCUAUGGAUAUCAGAAAAAGGGACCAUUCGAGGUUGCUUUUCUCUUUACUAAAAAUAGGAUGCCAAUAUUAUGGAAAACUUCGAUCUCCCUUUGGCACUGAUGUAGCAUUGAAGGAAUCUGAUAGUCCGGAGUCUGCCGUUGCCAAGCUUUUUGCCUCUGCUAAGGGAAGCAAUGAGUAUGGUGCUCUUAUGUUACAGAACUUGCCUUCUGAAGCACAAAGUCAAGCGACUGCUCUUGAGGUACAAAAUCUUCUUGUCUCUGGUAGGAAGAAAGAAGCUUUACAAUGUUCACAGAAUGGUCAAUUGUGGGGUCCAGCACUUGUCAUUGCAUCACAGCUUGGUGAACAGUUUUAUAGCGAUACUGUGAAACUUAUGGCACUAAACCAGUUAGCAGCAGGAUCACCAUUGCGGACUUUGUGCUUAUUAAUUGCUAGGCAGCCUGCAGAUGUGUUUUCCAAUGCCACUACAGAUAGCAGCCUACAUAAUUCUAUGAAUGUAUCACAAGAUUCACAACAGCGCACACAGAUUGGAGCCAAUUCCAUGUUGGAUGAAUGGGAAGAGAAUUUAGCCAUCUUAACUGCUAACAGAACAAAAGAUGAUGAGCUUGUUAUCAUCCAUCUUGGAGAUUGCCUAUGGAAAGAAAGGGGACAGAACACCCCUGCACACAUAUGUUAUUUGGUUGCAGAAGCCAAUUUUGAGGCAUAUUCAGACAGUGCUAGACUGUGUCUUAUUGGUGCAGAUCACUUGAAAUAUCCACGAACAUACGCCAGUCCUGAGGCUAUCCAGAGGACAGAAUUAUACGAAUACGCAAGGGUUCUUGGAAAUUCUCAGUUUCUCCUACUACCUUUUCAGCCGUAUAAGCUUGUUUAUGCCCACAUGUUGGCAGAAGUUGGAAAAGUUGCAGACGCUUUGAAAUACUGUCAAGCAAUUUUAAAGUCUUUGAAAUAUGGUCGAGCACCUGAAGUGGACACAUGGAGACAGUUAGUGUCAUCGCUAGAGGAGCGGAUAAGAGCCCAUCAGCAGGGUGGUUACGGUACAAAUUCAGCUCCAACCAAACUGAUGGGUAAAUUGCUCACAUUAUUUGAUAAUACUGCUCAUCGUGUUGUUGGAGGCCUGCCUCCACCUGCACCCUCGACAUCACAAGUCAUUGCCCAAUGUAAUGAGCAUGCUCAACAACCAGGAGGCUCAAGUCUAUCCAAUAAUCAAUCAACAAUGGCUAUGCCUUCGUUUAUGCCAGGCCCAAGUCCACCCAAUAGUCAAUCAACAAUGGCUGUGUCUUCGUUUACGCCAGGCCCAAGUGUGCCCAACAGUCAAUCGACAAUGGCCGUGUCUUCGUUUGUACCAGGGCCAAGUGUACUUAAUAGUCAAUCAACAAUGGCCGUGUCUUCGUUUAUACCAGAACCAAGUGUACCCAAUACUCAAUCAACAAUGGCUAUGUCUCCGUUAAUGCCUUCAGCAUCGAUGGAGCCAAUAAGCGAAUGGACUGCCAAGAACAAUCAACUAAAUGUACCCAAUAGAAGCAUAUCCGAACCAGACUUUGGGAGAAGCCCAAGUAAGGUUGAUUCAUCCAAGAAAGUGGAAUCUUCUAAACCGCAAGAAAAUGCAUCAACAUCUACCGGGUCAUCUCGUUUUGGUUUUGGCAUAUUUCAGAAGACUCUGGGAUUUGUGAAAAGAUCCCGACAGGCUAAAUUGGGUGAAAAGAAUAAAUUUUACUAUGAUGAGAAACUUAAGCAAUGGGUUGAAGAAGGUGUUGAACCUCCAGCCAAGGAAGCAGCCUUGCCACCUCCACCACCGAUUGCAGCCUUCCCGAAUAGAAUGCAAGAUUACAAUAUAAAUGAUGCACUGGAAACCAAAAGUUUCCCUGCAGUUAAUGGGUCACAAAUCCCAAGCCUGAUGUCCCCUGAACCGAGUUCUGGAAUACCACUCAUUCCACCCAGUUCCAACCAGUUCUCUGCACGUGGACGUACGGGCGUUCGCUCAAGGUAUGUUGAUACAUUCAACAAAGGCGGCGGGACGCCAGCAAACCUAUUUCAGUCACCAUCUCUUCCAUCUGCUAAACCUGUGGGUGGUCCCAAACCCAAGAUUUUCGUCCCUGCUCCAGUAACUUCCUAUGAAGAGACAGUUCAAACAACUGGAGAAAGCACACAUGAACCUACGGUGACCAACAACAAUCCCCCAAAAUCAUUUGAGAGUGCAUUUUCCACUCCACAAGCGUCAACAUCGUCUUCAAUGACUAUGCAGCGGUUUCCCAGUAUGGAUAACAUUGUACAAAAGAGAGCCGGAGAUAUGGGAAAUGGUAAUAGCUAUGAGCCCCAUGAAUCCCGCCGCGUAGCAUCGUGGAGUGGAAGCCUUAAUCAUGCUAGCAAUCCUUCUAUGAGGAAUGAAAUAAAACCUCUAGGACAAUCGCUCGGUAUUUCUCCACCAUCACGCAUACACAGCGGUGCACCACCACCGAUGCAGUUUCCAAGUAGUGGUGGCAGUUUUGGAGACGACCUUCAAGAAGUUGCACUCUGAGGUGUAGGGAAUAGUUGUAAAUCUAUAGAGCGUUGCGUUAUAGUGGGGGGCGUUGCCACCGGAUCCUUGUGCAAGUUUGGUGAUGACGCAGACGGGAGUUCAGGUUUUUGGUGAAGUCCCUUUGCCCCCAUUAGAGGAAGUUACACAUAUACCUGAAACCAGCAAUCAGUUUGCGCUGAGGAAACACAAAGCAAGCAGCCGUUGUACCAAUUUUCGAAGGGAAUGUCUCGUAGCGUAACGUAAUUGCAUAUAUUACAUAUACCAUUACUCCCUUUGAUGGAUGUUAUUCAGAAUUUUGCCAAAUCAAUAAUCCUUGCAGGUAAGAACCUACAUUGUUAAUUUUUA